AUGUCUCUCCCACUUUUGACAUCCGCUCCCGGAAAAGUUAUAAUUUUUGGUGAGCAUUCAGCGGUUUUCAACGAACCAGCAAUUGCAGCUAGUGUCGCGUCUUUGAGAACCUAUUUGUUUGUCACCAAGGCAGAAGACUCCGAUGUUAUAGAAUUGGACUUCCCGGAUAUCAGUCUGGAUCAUAAGUGGCACUCGGCAGAGUUAUCCAGCAUUUCCAUGGCAGCGAUGGCUGAUUCCGACAAACACUCCAAAGAGCUGAACGCCGAGCUCAAUGCAGCUUUAGAACCACUCUUGAAACCUCUCCAUGGCUCCUUGCAAUACCACGCUGCUUACUGUUUCUUAUAUCUCUAUUUCAGCUUGUGUGGUCUACGUACCGGUGUGAAAUUCACGGUCAAAUCGAGCUCGCCUAUAGGCGCCGGCCUCGGGUCAAGUGCAUCAAUUGCAGUAUGCUUGGCAUUAGCGACUGGUAAGCUCGGAGGUCAUUUGAACUCCGCACCGGAACGCUUGACCAAACAAGAGCUGGAUUUCGUUAACAAAUGGUCCUUCAUUGGUGAAAAAUGCAUUCAUGGUACUCCGUCCGGAAUUGAUAAUGCCGUUGCAACAUAUGGCAACGCAGUACUGUUCCAGAGACAAGCCAAUGGGGAGACGAAAUCUGAACAAAUUCUUGACUUCCCACAAGUUCCCAUGAUCUUGACCAACACUAGAAUUCCACGCUCCACGAAAGUCUUGGUGUCAGGCGUAAAAGACUUAAUUGUUCGUCAACCAGAAAUAGCACAUCCGAUCUUGAAAACAAUGGGCCAAGUUGCCUCUCGCGGCGCCAAAAUUUUGGCUAAUCUCAACGAGACGAACUAUGCAGAUUUGUGCGAACUGAUACGAAUCAAUCACGGUCUCUUGGUGGCUUUGGGUGUGUCGCAUCCAGGACUAGAAGUUAUCAAAGCACUUGCUGACUCGAUGUCAAUCGGUUCCACCAAAUUGACAGGAGCUGGUGGUGGUGGAUGUGCUCUUACUAUCUUAAAUUCUAAUGCGUCCCCGGAAGACAUUGCCAAGUUCAAAGAUACCCUAGAAACAAAGCAUAGUUAUAAAACGUAUGUGACGGGACUGGGUGGGCCUGGCUGUGCUUACAUGGCAAAAGGACAGAUUCAAAAUCAUCUGGACUUAAUCCGUCCUCUGUUUGAGACGAAUGCUUCCGUUUCUGAGCUCAAUGAUGUCUUGCUACCGGGGAAAGGGCCUCUACAAUGGAUACACUAA